AUAAGGGAGCAUCCCUUUCCCACUGCUACCUGGCUCCUCUAUAACUUUCUCCCCACAAUCAUGUAAGCAGCAUCUCCAUCUCUCUUUCCACACUUGAAGCCCCUCUCUCUCCAAAACAAAACAAAUAAACAGCGAUGGCUGCCAUGGCAACUCCCCAACCCAAGCUGUCACUUUCAACUCAAACAAACCCAAAACCAAACAACAGCAACAGCAGCAGCAAACAAUUCUCUGAUCACCCAUCUCUAAUCCUCUUAGAAAGAUGCAAGAACACCAAACAACUCCCACAAAUCCAUGCCCACCUGAUCAGGCUAGGCCUCAUCUUCCACCCUUACCCCCUAAGCCGCCUCUUAACCAUCUCGGCCCUCUCGAAUUCAGAAAAUGCCCUCUCAUACGCCCUCAAAAUAUUCGAACAAAUUCCACAACCCAAUCUCUAUAUGUACAACACCAUCAUAAGAGCACAUGCAUCGAGCCGUAGUCCCGAAAAUGCCCUCCUUCUCUAUACUGAAAUGCUCCAUCAAAACAUAGACCCCAACAAAUUUACCUUCCCUUUUCUUCUCAAGGCCAUCGCCAAAAUUCCAGCCCUACUCGAGGGCAAAACUGUCCACGGCAUGGUCCUGAAAGCCGGUCUUUCUUCUGAUGCAUUUGUGCAAAACUCUCUCAUUCAUUUUUAUGCCAAUUGUGGAAACUUGGCCGAUUCUCACUUGGUGUUUGCAAAGAGUUUAGAGAGAGAUGUUGUAUCUUGGAAUUCUAUGAUCAAUGCUUAUGCUCAGAGUCAGAAGCCAGAUGAGGUAAUUGAAUUGUUUGUAGAGAUGGAGAGAGAAAAUGUGAGGCCCAACGAUGUCACAAUGGUGGGCGUCCUCUCAGCUUGUGCACAAAAGGGAGACCUAGAAUUGGGUCGAUGGGCGUGCGAUAUUAGCGAGAGAAACAACGUCGAGAAAACCUUGACUCUCAGUAACGCCAAGGUUGAUAUGUAUGCAAAGUGUGGAAGCUUGGUUGAAGCACAAAGACUUUUUGAUGAAAUGCACAUCAAAGAUGAAGUUUCAUGGACUUCGAUCGUCAUCGGCUAUGCGAAAAUGGGAGAUUUUACUGAAGCAAGAAAACAGUUUGAUAUCAUGCCAAAGAGAGACAUUGCAGCUUGGAAUGCUCUAAUCUCAGCCUAUGAACAAGGCGGCCAUGCCAAAGAAGCCAUAGCUCUAUUCCAUGAGCUACAAAUUGCAGGCUUAAAGCUUGAUGAGGUGACUCUAGUGAGCACCUUAUCUGCCUGCUCACAAUUAGGAGCCAUGGACAUGGGAAAGUGGAUUCACAUCUACAUAGAAAAACACGGCCUCAAGCUAAAUUUUCAUCUCACAACUGCUUUGAUCGAUAUGUACGCAAAGUGUGGGGAUCUUAUGAAGGCCUUAGAAGUAUUCCGAAAAUCUAGAGAGAGAGACGUAUACGCAUGGAGUGCCAUGAUUGCAGGCAUGGCCAUGCAUGGGCACGGCCAGGAAGCAAUCCAUCUCUUCCACAGGAUGCAAGAGGAGAGAGUGGAGCCAAAUGGGGUCACAUUCACUAAUGUGUUAUGUGCAUGUAGCCAUGCAGGUUUGGUAGAUGAGGGGAGAGAAUGUUUCUCUGUCAUGAAAUCAGAUUACAAUGUCAAGCCCAAUAUUGAGCACUACGGUUGCAUGGUCGACAUGCUCGGGCGUGCAGGGCUCUUAGAGGAGGCCAUGGAGUUGAUAGGGAGCAUGCCCUUCACUCCACAAGCCUCUAUAUGGGGAACCUUGCUUGGGGCUUGCCAAAUCCAUGGGAAUGUAAAGUUGGGGGAGCUAGCUUGUCAUAAACUUCUCAAUUCGGAGCCAUCGAAUGAUGGAGCCUACGUGCUACUGUCAAAUAUUUAUGCCAAGGCUGGACAGUGGGACGAUGUAACCAGAGUGAGAAAGUUGAUGAGAGAGAAAGGGGUCAAGAAAGAGCCUGGUGGAAGCUUAAUCGAGGUGGAUGGUGAGGUCCACGAGUUUUUAGUGGGAGACAUAAAACAUCCUCUAUCGAAGAAUAUAUAUUCAAAGCUGGGGGAAGUUGCAGAAAAGUUGAAAUCAAAUGGUUACGUACCAAACAGGUCACAGUUGUUGCAGGAGAUAGAGGGAGAUGACGUAAAAGAUAAAGCUCUGUACCUUCAUAGUGAGAAGCUGGCAAUCUCUUUUGGGCUUAUCAGCACUUGUGCGCCAGUGCCAAUUAGGGUUGUGAAGAAUCUUCGGGUGUGCAGUGAUUGCCAUUCUGCUGCAAAACUCAUAUCAAGUAUCUAUGGUAGAGAGAUUCUUUUGCGAGAUAGGUAUAGGUUCCACCACUUUAAAGACGGGGUGUGCUCUUGUAAGGAUUACUGGUGAAAACAAUCACCAAAAAAACCACAAUUAUGCAUCAUAAUUCAUAGUUUUCAAAAAGGUAAUAGUUUAAUUAAAAGUUUAGUCGCAGGAACCUUAGUAGCCUUACUGCUUCCUAAAAUAAAAGCCCCUCAGUCCUUCUGAUUAGAAUUUAGUCUUGUAAAUACUGGGUAAAUACAAUAAAGCACAACACAA